CGACCAGGAAGUCGCAGCCGGAGUCGAGGGAAGACUCGUUCUUGAAGACUCUGGUGGAAGAGACGGUUCUGUUCGGUUUUCUUUCAUUCUCCUCACGCGCGACUCUGUCAAAGUUUGACCAACUUGUUUGCCAAAGCCUCAGUGGGACAUUGUCACCGUGAGGAGGAAGAUGUCCGCGACCCCGAGAGUCGGUUCAGCGCCGGGUUCAUCGAGACGGGACACCAGAGUGGCAGGACUGAAUUUCGAAGUUCCGGCGGAGAGACGAAAUACACAGCUUCCUCCUUUCGACAACCACAUGAUCCCCGAUGAACUGCUGGCCAGCCUCACCUCCACUGUCGGCACGCCGGGGCACACGGCACACCAUCGGCACUGCAGGGGCUGUGGAAUAAGACGGCCAGAUGCGGUGUGGCAUCACCCGCUUGGACGCAAGAAAUACAAACACUUUCUGGAGCAGCCGACGUCCCUGAAUGGAGCCGGAAGUGAUAUUUCGUUCCUGUGUGACGCUAUGGUGAACCAGAGGAAGAUAACCCCCCUCCCACCACUGACUGACAGGAAUGGCAUCGUUGACACACAGAGCCUGAGUAUCUCCGAAAGUCUGAUCCCAGAAGAAUAUCGCAUUGUGAAAAACAACGGGCUGCGGGGCCUUGAGAUCUAUGAGGAUGCGUUCACAGUGAAGCUGCAGGAUGACAAACACACGCUUCGGCUAUUUCCAUCACUGAGACCCAGUGGCAGACUUGAAGUGAUCCAGCUGCUGAGGAUGAUGGACGACAUGCUAGAGAAGGCCGGAGUUGAUCAUCAGAGUGAGGAGCUGACUCAGCUCUCCCAGAUUGAGGGUCUGCUGGAGCUGGUGCAGGUUGAGCAGAACAUCUACAACGUUGUUUUCCAUGAAGUGAUCAGGCAGGUCAGCGUGGGCUGUGCGGAGAGGGGACAGCUGCUUGCCAAGCUCAGACAGCGCUACCAGUCCCUGCUGGAGCGAAUCCCCCGCCGUCUCAAGGCUCUGCACACCGAAGCAGUGGCACAGCGCGCCCUGGACCGCCGGCUCACCGACGAGAUCCGCCACAUCCGGACAUCCAUCCAGCGACUCAGCACGGAACUGUCCAACAUCAGAGACCAUGAUGCCUUUGUUUGCCAGCAGGCGGAACACGCUCACAGGAAACUGGCGGAGGCACUUGAUCAGACGCACACAGACUCGGACGUGGUCCAGGGUUACCACGAGCUGUAUGAGCUGCAGCGAGGUCGCCUCGAGGCUCAGCUGCUUCAGAUGACUGAGGAGAGAGACUGCUGGAGCCAGCUCACCUUCUGCUUUGCCCUCAAGGUGAUCAGCGUGAAGAAGCUGCAGCUGGUCAGUCAGCUGCAUGUCCACGAGCAGAGCUGGUCCAAGACGGCAGAGCACUGCAUCCUCUACCUCACUUCAAAGGACACAGAGCACCUGAAUAUCAUCAUGGAGCUGACUGACCACUGGGAAGAUCAGCUGACUGCCUUCAUGUCCCACAUGAAGAAGACUGAGCAUGCUCAGUGUGAAGAGAUGAAUGGACUCCAGCUGGGCAUCACCAAGUGGAUCGCUUUCUGCGACGCACAGAACAAGAGUCCAUACCCAAAAUAUGAGAACGUUACACUGGAAAAGAUUCAUGCUGAUUUAAAGCAGUGGUCAAAUAUGUUGGCCCGACAGUGUGAGCGCUACCAAGGUGAGGAGCUUUUUUGUCGCCAGCAGACACUGGUCGAGCUUGGCCGUGUCCAGGAAAGAUGGCUGAAUAUGAGCCUUCAGCUGUUCAGAAGACACUCUUCUCCUGAAGGUGAGCCUCCUGCAAAUGAGCCGGUCCUAAGAGAGCUGGUCAAGCUCCUACCUGAGCUCCUCAAACAGCUGGACACACAAGCCACUGGAGAGACUGGGGUCCACGGAAAGAUCGCGUCUCUGCUCGGGUUUAUGGAGUCCUGGGUUGCCAAGCUUGACGCAGUCAUUUGCCAGCCAGAAACCAUGCCUGUCUCUGAUUGGUUGAAGCUGGAGCAGGCACUGUGCAAUUGGCAGAGUUUGGCUGAAGAAGCCUUGCAGAAUGUCUCCACUGCACAGACAGAAGAAGGAAAAGGGAAUAAAAGGGACAAAGAUGAGUCCAACAUAUAUUUGGAGACAGAGAAGCUGUUGAACAAAGUGAAGGGAUUCAUAAUAAGUCUGUCCACCUUCACUGAUGGUGAGAACCAGAGGCUCAUUGAGGAGGUCAGUUCUAUUCACAUGACUCAGACCCGCUGGAUGUUGGAUCUGUUGCUCCUCAUGGUACCGGACCAUAGUGAGGACCAGGACAGCCAUCAGGAACACCAGUACAUUAAACACGUCUCACCGCAGGCACUGGAUGAGCGCGCCAACAUCGUGGCUGAGAAACUGGACGAUUUUUCCAGAUACAUCACCAGCUUUAACAAGCUGAUUCUGGAGGAGCAGAUUUUGCCACAUCAAGCUGAGGGCGAAAACGAGAUGAAUGAGUGCAGAAAGUUGCAGCGGGAAUGCGUUGAUUGGGUGGAGACCUGUAAAAUCCUGCUCUCAGCGGUGAAAGCUGGUGCGGUGGAGCUGCCGGUCAGACAGCCUGCCACCUCUUCCAGGAGUGACAUUGUAGCUUCUCCAGCGGACAGCGUGGUGAAGGAAGACGUUUCGGCAGAGCCUACAGGAUACAGUGAGGUCAAGGAGGUCAAAGAUGAGACUGAGGCAGAACCGAGACAUAUCACUGCGGAAGGACAUGAAACACAAAAACAAGAAGUUUGUGAGGGGGAGCUAACGGUUUGUGAGACACUAGUGGUGAAGCUCAUUGGCUAUGAUGGAAACAUCACACAAAGGAAACUGGGGGAGAACAGAGUCCAUCUGAGUGGGACUGAUGAACUUGUUGUGCGUCCAGCAACAGAUGAAGCUCAGGGAGCAUUUAGUGAUCUGACCACAGUCGGACUACUGCAGCAGGAACUACAUGAUUCUGAGCUGCGGGUCCAGAGUGCAGAGCAGCGAGCUCUGAAAGCUCAGGAGGCCCUGCAGGCGGCAUUGGAAAAGAUUCAGGACCUGGAGAGACAACUGCUGGGUCGACCCAGUCUGGAGCCUGGAGAAUAAGACAACAACACCACCACCUUCAUCACCACCAGCUGCAACCCCAGCUCCUCCACAGAAAACAGCUCCUGACGCCAAACCAACAGACACCACAAAAAGGACCAGGAAACACUGAUGUGACAUCUAAUUAGAAGAUGCUACAACUCCCUAUAGGAUGUUAUGUUUUGUGUCUUCUCUUGUAGAAAAAAGACCGGAGAGGAACAUAAUACCAGCUCAUGUAUCAUCUCACAGGUUUUCAAAUUAGUGCAGUGCACAUAGAUCUAAAAAUAAAUAAAUAAAUAAAGAAUGGUCAUUAACUAGCGUUGCCAUCCAAGUAUUGACAUUUUUUCCAGUAUUCUAAGGCUGUUGUGUGAAAACGACUAUGUAAUCAUUUCUAUAUUGGUUUGCUGUGGUUUUGUUUGAUGUCAUGAUAUGUUUUUGGAAAAAAAAGUAAGAGAGUAAGACUUUUCCUGAAUCUUUAAUUUUGGAGUGAACUGUGAAGAUUUUGUUGAAUUCCAAACACAUGGGACAACCUUUAUAAUAAAAUGGUACACGAGACCCAUCAUGAAGCCGAAGUUGGUGAUGUACUAUUGCUAUGAAGCGAAACGGGUCUGCGAAAAACAGGACUCUUCCUCUUGAUAUGAAUUUGAAUUUGACCUUAAAAAAAUUAUUAUUAUUAUUAUUGUAACAACAAAUUUGACGGCUUUUAUUCUGAAAUUCCAUUUCAGAACCGUAGUUCAGAGAACAUCGUGAUAUUGUCUGAGUGCCACUGUGACGCAGUCUACCGC